GGCCAAAGAAACUGGUUUGCUCAAUUUUCACGGUGAAACUAGAGGGCCCAUUCCAGGCUUUCCACCACCUUUUACAAGUGUCAAAACCGUGUAAGAGCGAGGACGCGCAAGCGCUCUGUUGGUAACUGUUGGAGCUGUAUGUUGCGGAGCGUUGGAAUCUGUUUUCCAAAUCAACCAAAAGGUGGCGCUAUAUUUCUAUAUGAAAUACUUGCUGCAUCUGCCAAGAGUCAGUAAGACACUGUAAUGCAGUCAGUGAAAGUGGUGGUUGUUGGGUCAGGAGUGGUGGGUCUGUCCACGGCAGUGUGCAUCGCCGAGAACCUUCCCCACUGUUCCGUCACCGUCAUCAGUGAGCGCUUCUCCCCUGACACCACCAGUGAUGGAGCUGCAGGGAUCUUAUUUGCCUCUCAGUUUCCAGAUAUUCCUCUGGAGCGCCAGUGCCGGUGGUUCAAGGAGAGCUUUGAUCACCUGCUGGCCAUCGCCCAGUCCUCCGAGUGUGGGGAGGCAGGAGUCAUUUUAAGCUCAGGUUGCCAGGUCUUUAAGGAGGGGCCUGCUGAGAGGCCAUUCUGGGCAGACUAUGUCCUAGGCUUCUGCAUCCUAAGUGAACGUGAGAUGAAGAGAUUCCCUGAUCACAAGUUUGGCCAGGCUUUCACUACAGUCAAGUGCGAGUGCAUCACCUACCUGCCCUGGCUGGAGAAAAGGUUUAGGAACGCUGGUGGUGAGCUCCAGCAUGGGAAGGUCUCAGAUCUUCAGCAUCUGGCCGAGACCUAUGACGUCAUUGUGAACUGUUCGGGAUUAGGGGCCCGCUCCCUGGUUGGGGAUGCGAAGAUGUACCCCAUCCGUGGGCAGAUUCUGAAGUUUCAUGCCCCUUGGGUGAAGAACUUCAUCCGUGACGGGGACGGGCACACCUACAUCUACCCAGGGGUGAACAGCGUGACCCUGGGGGGAACACGGCAGGCCGGGGACUGGCGUCUAGACGUGGACACAGGUGACAGGGAAGGCAUCCUUGAGCGCUGUUUCCGGAUGGAUCCCGCCCUCCAUGGGGGACAGGUGGUGGGAGAGUGGGUCGGCCUGCGGCCAGGGAGGGAGAGCCCACGGGUGGAGGUGGAACGGCUGAAAACGGCAGAGGGCAGGGAAGUCCCACUGGUACACAACUACGGCCAUGGGGGCUGGGGGGUCACACUGGCCUGGGGCACAGCACUGGAUGCCCUGGGGCUAGUGAGGCAGUCUCUGCAGCAGCACCCCCCCAUGGCCAGGCUGUGAACAGAAGGGACUGAGGUGUAGACAUGUCAGCCCUUCAUUGGCCUUUCCUCGGCAAUAUGGCCUACUUUAAAUGACAAGUGUAUACCAUCAUAACUGCUAUAGCAUAGUGAUACAGUUCAAUUCUAAUAGGCUACACUAGCUGUGUUUCCAUCCAACUUUUUAAUGCACAUUUUGACCAUUCGAUUAAGAAAUCCUGAGAUUCACAUUAAAUCUUUUAAGUCGACUAAGAAAUCUAUUCGCUAGAGGGGUUGGAUUAAUUUCUGAUUAGCAUAGCACGUAAAGCGGCUGCCUUCCAUGUCCUUUUGAUCACAAACGGCCUGGUUGGGAAGGCACGAUCAGAUGCUUUAGAACUUUGUUCACUCCCUGUCUUUGAUUAGGUGAAAUUGGCUGACUUGGUGGUGCUGUCCCUUAUCUGAAAACGGCCUCGAGCUGGUGGAGUUCACUCUCCCACACUGAACUGUUCUGCAAACUGUUUUAAACUGAUACAAUACAAAUGGUAAUUAGGCAGACAGACCUAAACACACAAACGCUGUUUGUAAACCUGCUAAUUUGUAAAUCUUUCUGUGGACAAUAAUAUGCCAAUUUAUUAAACUAUUUGACCAGA